UUUUUUUUUCCUCCCAUCUUCUCCUCGCCACGUCACAGUCCGAACUGCAGAGGGAAAGGACAGCGGCAGGAAGGCGAAGCCCGGGCUCCCUCCGGCACGUAGUUGGGAAACUUGAGGGUCCUAGAAGUCGCCUCCCCGCCUCUCCGGCCGCCCUUGCAGCCCCGGAGCCGUGAGCAAAGUGAGACAUUGUGCGCCUGCCAGAUCCUCCGUCGGCCGCGGACCGGGGCUGCCUCGGGAACACAGAGGGGUCUUCUCUCGCCCUGCAUAUAUUAGCCUGCACACAAAGGAGCAGCUGAAUGGAGGUUGUCACUCUCUGGAAAAGGAUUUCUGACCGAGCGCUUCCAAUGGACAUUCUCCAGCCUUUCUGGAAAGAUUCUCGCUAAUGGAUUUCCUGCUGCUCGGUCUCUGUCUAUACUGGCUGCUGAGGAAGCCCUCGGGGGUGGUCUUGUGUCUGCUGGGGGCCUGCUUUCAAAUGCUGCCCGCCGCCCCCAGCGGAUGCCCGCAGCUGUGUCGGUGCGAGGGGCGACUGCUGUACUGCGAGGCGCUCAACCUCACCGAGACGCCCCAUAAUCUGUCCGGCCUGCUGGGCUUGUCCCUGCGUUACAACAGCCUCUCGGAACUGCGCGCCGGCCAGUUCACGGGGUUAAUGCAGCUCACGUGGCUCUAUCUGGAUCACAACCACAUCUGCACGGUGCAGGGGGACGCCUUUGAGAAACUGCGCCGAGUUAAAGAACUCACCCUGAGUUCCAACCAGAUCACCCAGCUGGCCAACACCACCUUCCGCUCCAUGCCCAACCUGCGCAGCGUGGACCUGUCCUACAACCAGCUGCAGGCGCUGGCCCCCGACCUCUUCCACGGGCUGCGAAAGCUCACCACGCUGCACCUCCGAGCCAACGCCAUCCAGUUCGUGCCCGUGCGCCUCUUCCAGGACUGCCGCAGCCUCAAGUUUCUCGACCUGGGAUACAAUCAGCUCAAGAGUCUGGCGCGCAACUCUUUCGCCGGCUUGUUCAAGCUCACCGAGCUCCACCUGGAGCACAACGACUUGAUCAAGGUGAACUUGGCCCACUUCCCGCGCCUCCUCUCCCUCCACUCCCUGUGCCUGCGGCGGAACAAAGUGGCCAUCGUGGUCAGCUCGCUGGACUGGGUUUGGAACUUGGAAAAGAUGGACCUGUCGGGCAACGAGAUCGAAUACAUGGAGCCCCACGUGUUCGAGACCGUGCCCCACCUGCAGAGCCUGCAGCUGGACUCCAACCGGCUCACGUAUAUCGAACCCCGGAUCCUCAACUCCUGGAAGGCGCUCACGAGCAUCACCCUCACCGGGAACCUCUGGGACUGCGGGCGCAACGUGUGCGCCCUGGCUGCGUGGCUCAGUAACUUCCAGGGCCGCUAUGAUGGGAACUUGCAGUGCGCCAGCCCCGAGUACGCGCAGGGCGAGGACGUCCUGGACGCCGUGUACGCUUUCCACCUGUGCGAGGACGGGGCCGAGCCCACCAGCGGCCACUUGCUGUCCGCCGUCACCAACCGCAGCGACCCGCCCGCGCCCUCCAGUCCGCCCAGCACCCUCGCGGAUGGCCAGGAGGGCCGGCUCGACGGCUCACUGGAGCCGGCCACCGUGGCUGCCCCCGGCCCCGAGCACGCUGAGAAUGCCGUGCAGAUCCACAAGGUGGUCACGGGCACCAUGGCCCUCAUCUUCUCCUUCCUCAUCGUGGUCCUGGUGCUCUAUGUCUCCUGGAAGUGUUUCCCCGCCAGCCUCAGGCAGCUCAGACAGUGCUUUGUCACGCAGCGCAGGAAGCAGAAGCAGAAACAAACCAUGCAUCAGAUGGCUGCCAUGUCUGCCCAGGAAUACUACGUCGAUUACAAACCCAACCACAUCGAGGGGGCUCUGGUGAUCAUCAACGAGUAUGGCUCGUGUACCUGUCACCAGCAGCCUGCCCGGGAAUGCGAGGUCUGAUGGCCCCCCGGUGGCUCGCUCUGCACCCCGUGCGCUACCAAAUAACGCCUGGGCGGGCCUGGCUGGAGAGUGUGUGCCAGGCUUGGGGGGUCUCCUUGCCUGUGCUCCGAUCUGCUCCUUGACUGAAACUGUAAGGGGAUCUCUCCCAGAGACUUGACAUUUUAGCUUUAUUGUGUCUUAAAGAAAAACAAAAACUAAAAAAGAGAAAUAAAACACAACCAACACCCCACUCCCCCCAACCUUCGGACAGUCUAUCUUAAAUUUCAUAUGCCAACUCCUUCCUCCCUUUGAAGAUCUGUCCAUAUUCAGGAAUCUGAGAGUGUAAAAAAAGGUACCAAUCAUUGAUUUUUUUUUUGUAAACUAAAAUGUUUAAAAUAAAAUAGCAUUUACAGUUUUUACA